AGGGUUUGUCUUAUCAUGUGAAGACGUUGUUGCAUGCAACUUGCGAUCUGACAUCCACUUGUACUGCUUUCCUACCUCGCUGCAUUCAUGUUGACACGACUCACAUAACCUUACUUAAGAUUGAAAAUGAAAACUAACUCUUGACAAGCUUUCCCACCUUACGACCGAUUCUUUCCACCUAUGUGAGUUUGUUUUGCCUCGUGCCUCUUUGCAACCGCAAACAAAAGAACCAAAAUGCCUUCACGAAAAAGCAGGCAGAGCGUAUUGAUCUUUUUGCUCUCGUAUGGAACGCUUUCAAAAUCACUGCUGGGAUGAUCAUGAAGAUGAGAAAAACCUACAUGAUAGAAACCAUAUUAACCUCCAGAACCCAAUGCCAAUUCAUCUACUACAUCAAAAUCUUGAUCUUCACAGGAAACGGCACCGCUGAUCCCGCCCUCGGGGCUGAGCCGGAUUUCGUAUAAAAGCCACAAAAGCAUUCUGCAGUCCCAUGCGGAGAGCGACAGCGAUGGUUCCUCAAGGUCAAGUAUCAAAUGUAAAAGUGUCUGGGUCUGGAAGAAUGCGCGAUUUGUCAUGCAGCUUUUCCAUGACCCAUGAAGCCUGGAAUGCAGGACCUAGCAUGACAGAUUCUGUGCGAUCUCUCUCAUGCCUAUCCUGCAUGAGAAACUCCCUCCCGACUUGUCCAAAACUGGACGACUUUUGGUAAUCAUGCAACACAGAUUUUUGCAUGCUUCAGAUAUAGCAUGACAAGUUGCAUUCUUCCAGACCCAGACAUUUUUGCAUAUGAUAUCAAGGGGGUCCCUUUCCGACCCAGGCGCGGGAUUCGGAAGGACUACGACCUGGUGGGAGUCCAUCUUUUCCAUCGUCACAACGGCCAUCGUAUCAAAUGUAAAAAUGUCUGGGUCUGGAAGAAUGCAACACUUGUCAUGCAUAUUUCUCAUGACCCAUGAUGCCUGUAAUGCAUGCCCUAGCAUCACAGGUUUUUUGAGGGAUUCUUGAUGCCCAUUCCGCAUGACAAAUGCCCUCUCCGCGUAGUAAAAAUUAGACUCUGUUUGCUGCUCAUGCAACACAAAUUUUUUAGUCAUCGAAACGCAGCAUCACAAGUUGCAUUCUUCCAGACCCAGACAUUUUUACAUUUGAUACAUCGGGGCCGGUAUCGUUACCCUUCCAAGCGUUUUCCAGUCCACGGGUUACGUCCCAGCGAUCUUCAUCCUGGCCUUGUAUUUGCAACUUUUGCUGCAGUGCUGGAACUGCAAAUCUUUUUCUUUUGAUGAUGAACUUGAACAUGUUUUUUUGCACCUACUGCUUCACCUCGGAGCGCUCUAACAAGAAAGUCUUCGUCUUUGCGUGGCCUCGUGAUGUCCAUCUUCAGCAGAAACUUAAUGAUGUUGAACGUUUUGCAAAUGCCGAUCAAAUUACAUCAGUAACUUGAUAAAAUGCAAAUGAAAAAAUAUGACAGCUGCACUGCUGCAUCCAUCGUGGCGGCAAUAAAAAAGGCACAAGUGAUGCAGCGUAUUGAAGACCUGAAUGUCGAUCAAGAGGAUAUGUCGCAGAUGGGAUCUUUAACAAAGGUCCUGUUCGGAAAGUGCUGGGCGGCUGGUACUGAACUUUUAUGAUUUUCAUCUCCAUUCACGUUCGAAAUUUGACUUUGACUACUGCAAGGACGCUGAGGCUCAUACAUUUUUGUACCGAUAUUGUUGUACUACAAGUACAGCUAUGCUUUUCCUCAAACACAUAAAUUCAUAAAAUGUUACGAAAUAAAUUUGCAUCACAGUCUACUCCAAGUUCUACCAUACCUUCAUUAUUCUGGUCGGAACGGUGUUCAUGCUGCUGCUGGCCAUGAACUUCGUGAUUCUGUUCGACUACAUUCCGGCUCUGACGAAGAACGGUUGGAUUGUGACGGUGGCCCUGAUUCUUACCUUCCUGUGCUGGUUGAGGGACGUGUCCGUGCUCGCGCGGGUGUCCUUUGUAGCAUGGCUCAGCUGCAUCGUGGUCAUUUUGGUGGUUGCGCUCAACUCCAUCCUGAAUCCAGCUAAGACCGGAGAUGAUGCCAGUAUUGUUUUCUUUUGUGCCACGAAAAUAUGAUUUUGCUUACGUACGGUAUACUUUCACUUUCAAUAAUCACGCUCUCUUCCUGUUCCUGAUUCAGAUUCUCCUGCGUUCUGAGACCUUGCUGCUUAUAGACAAGACAUGUUUAGCAUUUGCCGGAAAAAUAAAUAUACACCAAACACUAACUCCUUUUCACAGUGGUCGCUUUCAACGGUCCUGCCUACACCGAGUCUGCUUCCUUGUUGAAGCUGUUCGCUGGUCCGCAGCAAGGCGAGGUGAACGACUACUUUGGACGAACGGGCCUCACUGAGGUGGGUACCGACAGUGCGCGUGGCGUCAGCGAGAACCCGGACAUCAGUAGUGGCAGGAAACUGCAAACCGUAAGCCAGGAUGCAAACCAGCCCGCGGGCGGGAAAUUUGUCCUGGACAUGAAAGCCCAGCCCUUCGACGUGAACAACGAGUACCUCGACUUCCCGAAGUGGGCCCCCUACCGAAGCUGUGAAUACGGCCAAAGCUGCCUGCUCACGGACAGCGGAAAGGUGGAACUGGUGAAAAUGAGCGACACCGGAAAGGGCGUGCGGGGCGAAGCGACCUUGGCGUUUUCGACCGGCGGUAACGCGGAUGGCACCGUCGUAGAGGAGCACAAAUUCCCCGCCACGGAGGCCGCGUUUUACACCCCAGUCGCCUGGAUUUCCGGACAGUGGUAUCACCGGGACUUGACGCAGAACCCGCCCGACACCAUUAUGGCGUUCUCAAACGUUACAUUCUCAACUGUUAUAUGAAUUUGCGAUGCAAGAGCCGCAACAGUCAAAGGUGCAAAAAUUGCUGCUUUCGCAUCACAGAUUUGGCACCGAUUUAGGUGCUGUUUAGCCCUUCGGAGAUUUGUCAUGCGAAGCAGCUUGAUCAUCUACCGGCUCAAGGUAGUUUUGCACGACAAAUUCAUGUAACAGUUGAGAAUGUAACGUUUGAGAACGCCAUAACCAUGCCCAGCGUGUCGGCGAGAAGGAUAACCCUGCUGAAGGACGCCGUCGUGGAGCUCUCUGGCACCGGGAUUGCCGGCGAGGUUUUCCGCUGGGACACAUUUCCGGACGAGCGAGACUCCUACUACUUUGAGACGAAUGGCGAGAAGGCCUGUGAAUUUAGCUGGUACACCUCACGAAAAGCGGACAGCGGAAGAACGGAGUGGCAGGGUUUUCUUGAAUAUUUACGCGUCGCCGUUCAGAAGCCGACGGAUGGAAGUAUUCAAGCGAUUAUUUUUCUGUUGUUCUUGUUGUCGAGGAGUUUCUGUAUUUCUACUUUGUAGUUGUCGAAUUUCGACUUUGGUUUGUGUUUCUCGCUCUCUAGUAAAGAUGGUUUAUAUAUAAAACGGCUUUUGCAGUUAGGAGCAAGGUCAAGCAUCGCACAACUUUAUUUUGACCUCUACUACAGGCGCGAUCCCCGAAACGCUGGACGUGGACGCGGACUUCUGCGAGAGGAACGCGAAAGCGAACGGCAACGAGUUUAAUUCCUACCUGAUUAUGCAAGACCGCCCGGUCGAGUGGCGCAUGCAACGUGUGGCAGUUUCAGACACCAAGCAGAAGCUGCCAGUCGUGAGUGCGCUGGACUUAAGUCAGGAGGUUUCCCCGCCCGAAUUUGUGCGCAACAAGCUUUCCUACCAGUACACGCGGCCAGACGGCACCGUCGCCGCGGAUUACACCCUGCUGAAGGAGAUCGAGCAGGCCUGCCUCAAUCCGGCAACGCCAGAAAAUGAGCUCGUGUGCGCGGCGCAGGAGGGCGUUGAUGGGUGCUGGCUGACGCGCAUGGACAACUACGCGUUGUAUUACUGGCGGUACCCCGCCCUCCCGAAAAACACCGACACAACCACUGUCAGUGAUGAGGACCGGAAGAAGGCGGAAUCUGACCGCGCCAAAUAUCAGGAGUUGUGCGCCGCCGCGAGCAGGGCUGACGCAUUGCCCGCUGACGUGGAGCUGCUGACGAUCAAGGUGGCCGGCCUGACGGAGAAGCUGCGACACUUUCACGACUCCCUGUCGGCGGACGAGCGCGACACCCUGUCCUGGCAGGAGGUGACCCGGGAACGCGCACUGUCCACGGCGAACGGCAAGCGGGACGCGCUGCAGAUCAUGAGCAGCGCGGCAAAACGGCUGCCGCAGGACAUCGUUCCAGGUCCGACCGCCAUCGGGGUCGACCGCGCCAACAACCGAUGCACGCUGGAAUACAAGUCCGACGCCACGACCGCACCGUUCGAAACACUGCACUUCACCUACAUCGUUCCGGACCUCGACAGCAAGUCACAAGCCACCCAAAAGCCGAGAAAGGUUCUGUGCGCGGAGGCCUACACCGCGGAUGACACAGCAAGCUGGCGACAACAGUAUCCCGCAUACUUCUCGAGCGCGUCAACGACCGCGGGCGUCGUCAACGAGAGUGCGGACGGAAUUCUCCUGGAUCUCCCGAUCACCAACCAACUGGUUUUCCCCGCUUCGCGAACCGAAAAUAUUUCUGGCUGGUCCUCCACCAUCGCCAGUCUGUCCUGGAUCGUCGCCCCCGUCAACAAAGUGUUCUUCAGUUUCACCUUCGUCAUGAUGAUCCCCGCGCUGUACACCAGCAUGGUCGAACCCAGCACCAUUGUCAGCUCCAUCCUCAUGUCCUCCUUCACCAUUGCGUUCAUCUACUUCGUGGUCGGCAUCUGCGGCUACCUCACCUACGGCUCCGCGAUUGACAGCAGUAUCGUAGACUCCAUGCGACACGACUUUGUGAACCCGGCGAACCACAGAAACGCCGCCUCCUGGCAGGGGAUCACGGUCGCACUGAUGAUCGUGGUUAACGUGUUCAUUUCCUUCGCCCUGAUCAUGAACAGCACGCUGCUGCACCUGGAAAUGAAGUUCGCAAAGGUAAAAACCGUGGAGGACGUGCCCCCGGGAAAAUCGAAGGUCUGCCGUACCCUAAUCAUCUGGAUGGCCGCCCUGAUCGUGUGGGUCGUUCCCUUUUUCGGCCAGCUCGUCGAUCUCGUCGCGGCAUUCGGCUGUGUUUUGACUCAGGUACUUUUUCUGAGUUUUUGCGUUUACUACAUAGGACCAAAAAUAGCGAAUCAGAGCUAGGUACUCUUCUAACUUUUCGCGAAGUUCGUGCUAGGUUUGGUUGCAUAUUGGGCAGGUGACUCGCAGUUCUUCAUAAUAAUUGUGUGAUGUACUCGCCAUUGGAUUGCAGCUUGAUCAAUAUGAAAAUAGUUCUACAGAUGGAACUUGUUGUCGAUACCGCCCAUACUAGACACGAGUUUACCGUAAAAAUACAUAAAUGUGAAGGUUCCCUACCCGCUCCUCGCUUACGCCGUCGUCUACAAGACGGAGCGAUCGCUUGGCGAACGCAUCUUUCACUGGGUCCUGCUGGUCAUCGCUGCCAUUCAGAUCAUCUACGGAGCCGGAACGGCCUUCGUCGCUCUGGGCACGGACGGUGUGGAUGCGAUGAAAACCCGCUUCGGGUUGGUUGAAAUCCCGGUCUUUCAGCCCCUACCCACCGGAAACUACAAGUUCUGGAGCUUCAUCCUCGACUACCAGUACUUCCAAUCCUAA